AUGGGGACAGUGGGUGAGGUGGCCUUAGAGGCUUUAGAGCAGAGAGCUUUCAUCUUGGAGAAGCUGGAAGGGUUUUUAACCCCCCUCCCUCCCUCUUUCUGGCUGAUUUUUAGAGAGAAGUGCCAGUCGACUCCAAAGCAGAGGAAGAGUGCCGCCGGUGCCCGAAAGAAGCAGAGGAACCCGGCCAGGCAGGGCGCCGUGACCCGGCAGCUGUCGUCAUCGACGCCGCCGCCGCCGUCCUCUCCGCCGCCCCCCGCCGCCCCACCAGAGCGAGAGGAGGAGGAGGAGGAGCUGGCGACGGGGCCUCGGCCGCCGCACCAGGAAGCGAGGAAGGCGAACGACGGGGCGACGCUCGCCGUCAGGGUGAAGCAGGAGGAAACGGAGGAGGAGAGGGAGGCCCAAGGCCAGAGAGACAUGCCCUCAGUGCUGAUCAAGCCAGAGCCAGAGGAGAUGGAGUGCACGGUGAGGAAGAGGAAGGACAGCCAGAUGGGCCCACAUUUGGCUCUGGAGUACAACGACAUGCACAGAAGUUCACGGCUGACUCAACGAGGAGGAGCCGUGGCAGCAAAACAAGCCCAAACCAUCACCCCGUCCACCUCCGUGCCCGUCACUUGA